AUGGAAUGCCUUGAGUUGGAUUGUUCUGAUUUCUUCCUGGACGACGAUGCGAUCGACUUCCCAUUGGAGAUCCAUCUUGAGUCCAACAGUUCGGCAGGCGCCAAAGCUGCGCCGGAUCCUAGCCGGCAUCCUCAGCUUCAUCGCAGCAACGCCCCUGAUCCACCACCGUUGCCUGGAACCUCUUAUGACGCGCGGAGAAGUUCUAGGAAGGCGAAGGCUUGUCGCCGCGUCCCUGAAGGCGUCGUCGAUUCCUGGGACAAGCUGUUCUUGCAGGGAUACCAAUCUGAUCUCCGUGUUUCGACAGACGAUGGCACUGAAAUUCUGUCACAUUCCUGUGUUCUUAGUGUCAAAUCUCCUGUCCUGAGAGCUAUGCUGGAGGAAGCUAAAUUGAAAGAUGGUUUUCGGCGCAUCCGUAUUUCUGGCGCACCUGCAGAAGCAGUCCGUGUUUUCAUCAGAUUUCUUUACUCUUCACGUUUUGAGCAGGAACAGAUGAAGAAGCACGUUCUGCAUUUGCUUGUACUGUCCCAUGUUUUCUCGGUGCCAUCUCUGAAGACGGUCUGCAUCGACCAACUCGAGAGGAGUUUCCUUGCUCCUGACAACGUGGUAGACAUGCUGCAGCUUGCCAGAUUGUGUGACGCGCCCCGUCUAUCGCUCGUCUGUACCCGAAUGAUCAUUGGGGAUUUCAAGACCAUCUCUCUGACAGAUGGGUGGAAAGUAAUGAGACGGGUCAAUCCAAGUAUGGAACAGGAGUUGCUCGAGUCUCUUGUCGAAGCCGAUACAAAAAGGCAGGAAAGAGCUAAAAGGAUGGAAGAGAAGAAGGUCUAUCGGCAACUGUACGAAGCAAUGGAGGCGCUUGUCCACAUAUGCCGAGACGGAUGCAGGACGAUCGGGCCUCGAGAUCAAGCGCUCAAUGGCAGUCUAGCAGCUGCCUGCAAGUUUCCGGCAUGCAAGGGUAUCGAGCUGCUCGUGCGCCACUUCUCGACCUGCAGAGUUCGGGUGCCUGGUGGCUGCGCCAAAUGCAAGCGAACGUGGCAGGUCCUUGAGCUGCAUUCUCGCAUGUGUUUCACCCCGGACACCUGCAAGGUUCCUCUCUGCAGGCAUUUUAAGGAGAAAAUGCGGAAUCUGGGGAGGAAGGAAGAGACCAAGUGGAACCUUUUGGUGUGCAAGGUGCUGGAGAGCAGAGGAACCAUGGGUUUUAUGCCUGAAAGGAGAAAAAUUUCGUCAAGCCUAAUGCCAGCUGGGAGUUGCCACGUGGCUCCUCUUAUAGGACCUAUUUGA